AUGUCCACCGCCACCUUACCACCACAAGCCGAAACAGCCAAUGCGAACACACUCUCAGAUGCACUCGCAGCAGCUUCCAUCUCAUCUUCAUCGUCGCCUAAACCAGAAGACGAUCUUGAGGAUGGUGAAAUUAGAGAUAACGAUGAUCAAGAUGAGGAACAUGAAGAUGAUGGUAAAGUGAAAACUGUCUUUGAUGACGCUAGUAGAUUCAACGUCAAGCAUCCCCUUUACUCGACCUGGACACUCUUCUUCGACUCACCACAAUCAAAAUUAUUACCCAAAACACCAUCAUCCACACCUGCUACUCCACAAGGAACCCACGGCGGUUGGAUGGAAGAUAUCCGAAAGGUCGUAGCGUUCGACUCCGUUGAGGAAUUCUGGGGAUUAUAUAACAAUAUCAUUCCUCCUUCUCAAUUACCUGGUAAAGCAAAUUACUACUUAUUCAAGGACGGCAUCAUGCCAGCUUGGGAAGACCCUAAAAAUAAGAUGGGUGGUAAAUGGUCUAUUCAGGUACCGAAAGAGAAAUCCAAAGGUGCCAUUGACAAGAUGUGGCUUUAUACCAUGCUCGCUGCCAUUGGAGAGACAUUCGAAACUCCCCUUGCUAAACCAGACGACAAAGAAGCUCCCGCACCCACUCAAUCAGAUUUAGUGACUGGUGUUAUUGUUUCUUCUCGACCUGCCUUCUACCGAAUCUCAAUCUGGACUCGAAACGCUCCCGACACUUCAUUACCUGAGAGCGACGCAUUGAUGGCUCGAAUCCUUACCAUCGGAAAACACUUCAAAGUAUCUGUACUCGGUUAUGAGCUUGACCAAAAGCUCGUCACAGGAGGUUUCCAAACUGAAAUCAUGUUUGAGAGUCAUCGUGACAGUGAAAAGAAGGGCAACAAAAAUAAGAUUAUAAUCUAA